UUAACUAAAUUUCAGCAUUCAAUCGCAAACCCUCCGUCCACACAAUUUGAACGUUUUCUCUUUUUCCUUCGCCGAGUGUUUCCGCUGCGCCGCCGCCGCCUCCGCCGUCACCGCGACGAAGGUCGCAGAUUUUUCUAGAAGCCAAGGCGUUUGAUCGUUCUUUUCCUAUUGCUUGAAUUUUCGGAGGAAGGGGUUGGAGAGGGGAAAUUCGAAGAGGUGAAGGGAUUACCAGGUAGGGUUUGCUAAACGAUGCCGAAGGGGGAGAAAUCUGGGCUCGGGAGGGCUCUGGUGAAGCACCACAACCAGAUGGUGCGUGAAUCGAAGGAGAAAGGGAUGUACUACAGGAGCCAGCAGAAGAAAUUCCUGGAAUCCGUGACGGAGGUCAGCGACAUCGAGGCUGUCAUCGAGCAAGCUGAUGAGGCACACCGCCUUUAUUCAGCUCUCAAUCCUCCGGGAACAAUCCCCAUCAAUUUGGAUUCUGCUUCUAGCACAAGUGAGAUGUCAUCUGAGGAAAGACGGGAGCAACAGAAGAAAGAGGAGGCAUUGCAUGCGAGCAGCCUUCGAAUUCCUCGCAGGCCGCCAUGGAAUGCUAAAAUGUCUGUAGAAGAACUUGAUGAGAAUGAAAGAAGGGCUUUUAUUGAGUGGCGCCGCAAUCUUGCAAGGCUCGAGGAGAAUGAAAAUUUAGUUCUCACUCCAUUCGAGAAGAACCUUGAUAUUUGGAGACAACUUUGGAGGGUGCUUGAGCGCAGUGACCUGCUUGUGAUGGUUGUUGAUGCAAGGGACCCUCUCUUUUACCGUUGCCAUGAUGUAGAGGCCUAUGCACGGGAGAUUGACGAGCACAAAAAGACUAUGCUUCUUGUCAACAAGGCCGAUCUUCUACCACAUUCUGUUAGAGAAAAAUGGGCUGAAUACUUUCGACAACAUGGAAUUCUCUUCGUCUUUUGGUCGGCCAAGGCUGCUUCUGCUGCUUUAGAUGGAAAAGACCUCCGACUCUCAUCACAAAUGCAAAGGAGUCGUCACCCUGAGUCAGCUGAUACUAAAAUAUACGGCAGGGAUGAACUACUUUCUCGGUUGCAGUCUGAAGCCGAGGAGAUAGUUUCAACUAGACGUAAAUCCAGGCCGGACACUGCCUGUUCAUCCGACCCUCAUUCCGAUCGCCUGGGUCAUGGCGUUGUCGUGGGGUUUGUUGGAUACCCCAAUGUAGGAAAGAGUUCCACCAUAAAUGCUUUGGUAGGCGAAAAGCGGACAGGCGUAACCUCGACUCCUGGGAAGACAAAGCAUUUCCAGACACUGAUAAUUUCUGAAGAACUCACGCUCUGCGAUUGCCCUGGAUUGGUUUUCCCCUCCUUCACUAGCUCCCGGUACGAAAUGAUCGCUUCUGGAGUUUUACCGAUUGAUCGAAUGACGGAACACCGGGAGGCCGUCCAGGUUGUUGCAAACCGUGUCCCUAGGCCCGUCAUCGAGGACGUCUACCGAAUCUCUUUGCCCAAGCCGAAGGUGUACGAGCCACAGUCCCGUCAACCUUCCGCAAUUGAGCUUCUGAGAACGUACUGUGCUUCCCGCGGAUACGUUGCUGCCGGAGGACUACCCGACGAAACCAGAGCUGCCCGACAAAUUCUGAAGGACUACAUCGACGGCAAGCUCCCGCACUAUCAAAUGCCGCCGGGAACAACUUCAGACGUCGAAAACGAACCCGAGGACACAGAUGAGGUACGCGAAUUGACAGACAACGAAGACACUACAGCGACGGAGAAGAACCAUGUGUCGAAUAUCGAACACGCGCUGAGCGACCUGAACUCGUUCGACCUCAGCAACGGAUUGGCUGCCGGAAAAGCAACUGCGAGUAAAAAACUGGCGGCUGCAGCCCAUAAGCAGCACAAGAAGCCUCAGAGGAAGAAAGACCGGUCGUGGAGAGUCGGGAACAACGAAGACGAUGGGAUGCCGGUUGCCCGGGUUUUCCAGAAACCGGUGAAUUCUGGGCCUUUGAAACUGUAAUGAAAUUACCUCUCCUUGCGAACUCUUGUUUUGAUGGCUAUUUUAAUCUAUAGUUUCCUCAUUUUGUUUUAUACGUACUAAGGAGAUGUUUUAAUUUUGUUGUACUAUAUAGAAGAAGGUACUUUAUUUUGAA